AUGACUAAGAUCACGGAAAUUUUCUUUGAUUGCGAUAACACUCUGGUCCUCUCAGAGGAGCUGGCCUUCGAGGCUUGCGCCGACCUGGCCAAUGAGAUUCUGGAGGCGAACAACAUCCCUGAUCGUUACACCGGCGAGCAGCUUAUCAAAGACUUUGUCGGCCAGAACUUCCGCGGCAUGAUGGUCUCCCUACAGAAGAAGUACGACUUCCAGAUCGAUCCGGAGAAGUUGGAGGAAUAUGUCACGAAGGAAGAGGACAAGGUCAUUGCCAAGUUGAACGCCAAGGCUAGGCCCUGUGUUGGUGCCACCGAGGAGUUGGAGAAGAUUUACGCGGCGAAGAAGUACGAUAUUGCCGUUGUCUCGUCUUCCGCUUUGCGCCGCGUUCUCGCUUCUAUCAGAAAGGUCGGUCAGGACAAGUACUUCGACGAGGACAAGGUCUUCAGCGCUGCCAGCUCUCUACCAAAACCCACCUCCAAGCCCGACCCCGCUAUCUACCUGCAUGCUCUCGAGAAGGUCGGCAAGACUGCUUCCGAGACCGUUGCCAUCGAGGACAGCAAGUCUGGCGCCCUUUCGGCGGUUCGUGCUGGUAUCCAUGUUAUCGCUUACGUUGGCAGCUACAAUGGUGAAGAGACACAAAAGCAGAUGGCCGCGGCCCUGACUGAUCUUGGCGCAAAGACCGUCAUGUACCAUUGGUCUGAGUUUGAGGAUCGUCUGAAGGAUAUCGAGAAUGAUGUCUCCGUUGAUGUUCAGUCGAGCCUUUAA